AUGCGACCCGUCGACGUAACCUCCGUUGUGGCCGAAAGACUAUUGACUACGGUGUACAGCACUAUAAAAAUUGCAGGCUCGGCGAAAUUUAAAGUGGGCAAUUCGGUACGCGUGAGCAAGUACAAAACGGUCUUUGAAAAGGGUUACACGCCAAAUUGGACAACCGAGGUGUUUAAAAUUCUUAAAGUACAGCAUAUCAAUCCCGUGACUUAUCUACUCGAGGACUAUCGAGGAAAAUCUAUAGCAGGAGCGUUCUACGAGCAUGAGUUGCAUCGCGCGACUCACCCUGACGUAUAUCUUGUAGAGAAAAUAUUGCGCAGGAAGGGAGAUAAGGUCUAUGUAAAGUGGCUGGGGUUCAAUGGAUCGCACAAUUCAUGGAUUGACAAGAAAAAUGUAAUUUGA